AUGAAUUCGAAUUCAAAAACUCUUUCCAACUCUAUAAAGAAGGAUCUCUAUCUACAAGCAUGCAAAUUGAAAGAGAACCCCAUCGAUAGCGAAGCUGAAAUACAACUCAACGAAUUAAUUGACUCUCUGAAAACAUCCGAGAUCGUUCAAUAUGUUGAGCAACAAAGGGAAUGGUUACAAAAACUAUUUCAAGCAUGGAGACUUCAAACUACUAAGACAUAUGAUGUCUAUCGAGUGGCUAAUUUCAUUGAGACUAAGCGAAUCAAAUGGUUGAAAUUGCUAUUAAUAAAUUGGCAUGCAUAUAUUGAAUAGAUUCAAAUUAGAUAAGUUAUGCUUUUUAGAUGUUAGAGCAAAAGAGAGAAAAGAAUUAAAGGUACAUUAAUAAAAGCCUGGAAUCAAGUUGUUUCCAAUUUAUAACAGAAGUAAAUAUAAAAAUAUGAUGCAUAAUAAUUAUAUACUAAAAACACAAAAAAGACAUAUUUUCAUUUGUGGUGUAAGUUUAUUUAAAGAACAUAAAAUGACUUAGUUGCAUACCAAGAGUUGAUUCACAAAUAAAAAUUGAAAUUAUAUUAAAAAUACUUUGCCAUCAUGAGGUUCAAAUUGCAUUAAACAGAAAAUUACUUAGAGCAAUACGCAAUAAAUAAAUAGAAAUAAAGGUUAUUACAUAUUUUUUAAUUUUGGGCGUAGUAUGUCGACUAUAAAAUUAACCAUAAGCAGUAAGUUAAAGAAUUGAUCAAAAAGCGAAACCUAACACUUAUGCGUGAAAUACUUAGUUUCUUAAAUACUAAAGCAGAUAAAAAUAUGAUUUAUAGGAGAUAAAAAUAAUUGGCUUAAUUUGGGAGAUGGAAAAUGCUUAUGCAAAAAUCUUUCAAUACUUUACUCAAAUACAGGGUAAGAUAAUAAAGCAAACGAUAUUUGCAAGCAAUAAGAAAAGAUAAUCUAUAGAAUUUAGCCAUAUAGACUCUUAGAGAUACUAAGAAUUUAAUUUAAAAAUAUAAAGAUAUAGAAAAAAUUCUUAAUGAAAAGAAAGUGAAAUAAAUAUUUUUUUAAUUAUAAAAUUAUGCGCAAAAGCAAAAGUAUAAAAGAUACUCCUUAGAAUUUGCUGAAUUAUUUAGAUGUAAAUCAUUAUAGAAAUAGUUAUUUUCACUAUUAUAGUUAUAUCAUAAUUAUAAGAUUAAAAAAAGAGAUAUGAAUGAAAAAAUGAUGUAAGUGCAUUUAGUCAAAUUUUUCAAGACUAUUUUAAAGAAAUGGAAGCAAUAUAACAAAUUAAUUCAUCAUGAAAAGCUUAUCAAAUAAUAAAUUGAAUUUAGUAGCUAAUUUAGAAUAAAAAAACAUAUAUUUAAAAUAAUGUCUAAAGAUUAAUGA